AUUCUCCCGCAUUUAUUUUAGUGCCUUCCUGGUUUGAUUUCUGAUUGUCGAUAAAAACACUGAAAAGAACUCGCGCGCUCCUCUUAUUGUCUUCUUCUUUAUCGCUCAGUCGCCGACUCGGUGUCCUUUCUGGAGGAAGCUUUUCUGCACAAUCAAGGAUAUGGAUACGUCGAAACCUGCAAUUUUUGUCAAUGGAGGGCUGUUGCCCAUGCAUGUGCGGAAGAGGGUCCGAACUGUUAUUCAAGUUCUUGGAUCUGAUCGUGGAACUGUCAUUGGGAAAUCAACAGAUGACCACCAGCUUACUGUUAAAGGCUCCCCACCAUCUGUUCCUCUUACAAAUUUCGUUGAGGUUAUUGGCAUUGCUGACAGUGAAAAAUCUAUCCAAGCUGAAAUAUGGACCAACUUCGGCGACACUUUUGAUACAUAUUCCUACAAUCAGCUUUGUCAGCUUGCAAAUGGUGAAUAUCAGCUCUUGUUCCUCUGAGAUUACUUGUCUUUACAAGUAUCUAUGCUCUGGGGUGCUUUUGGGUCUUGAUGUAACUAGAUGGUCGAUGAUGAUAAAUUUGGCCAGUUUUGUAGCUUUCAUUACAAUUUUGGAUAUUUCUUGAACCAAUGUUUUGGUCUUUUGAGUAAAUAAUAAGUUUAGGUUCAGACAAAAACUAAACUUUAGGUUGAGUUGUACUUGUGAAAAACACAUCACCAAAAUCAUUUGCACCAAUGCUUUCUCAUGCCACUCAAGCCACAUCUUUGAAAUCAUCUCCUUCUUGAGCAAUGAGGUGAUCAUCCUGCUCAGGUGAAUCAGCAACAACCAAUCAAUACAUAUAUUCCUUUUCUUCUGGUCUUGCUGGAAGAGAACGUCUAUUGCUGUAGGGGUGAUUGAUGGGUGUCAGUGAACUUCUAAUAUUAAGAUAGAGGAUGUAUCCACCAUAUUUGAUUGAUUAAAAGGAGGCUUCCGCAUUCUGGGAAUUGAAGUGUUUUAUGGUGUAUUCUUUAUAGA